AAUAAUUUUAGAUUCGUUCAGAGAAGAAUGUUCUUAAUAGGUCAAAGUUGACAUAUCAUCACAAAGCUGGGUCAAAAUCAUUUAUGUCACACCAAGAGCAAAUUGCAACACAGACUGGAGAGAUGCAAGGUGCAAUUGAUUGUUUUGAAAUAGAGUAUAGAAGUACAAAAAAAGGAUGGGACUUAGGAGCAAAGGAAAAAUGGGAUCAAAUGAUAAAGAUGCGAGCAGAUACCACUCAACCUGAUGGAACUCGAACAAUGACAGAUGAGGAAAUUUGUGCAAAAGUUCUCAAAGUCAAAUCAGGUUACAUUAAGAGCUGUGGUUUUGGCCCUAAACCACCACCAUUAAGGUUCUCUCGUUCUUCAAUGAGUGAAAUGUCUGAAAAGAAUAAAGAGUUGCAAGAACAGCUUCAAGAGACCCAACAACUUGUAGGAACUCAACAACAGAAGAUCGAUGCGCAAAAUGAGGUAAUCCAAAGAUUGGAGGAGCAAGCCAAAAAGUUUGAGGAGUUUAUGGCUAAUUUUUCGAGGCAACAUCCAUCAGCUUAGUAUUCUUAGUGAACUUAAACUUGGAGAAAUGUUUCUUUGAUCGUGUUGCAUUUGUUAUUGCUUUAAACUAGCAUUGUUACUUAUGGUAGAAACUUGCUUGCUUUAUUUAUUUUAAUUGUUUUGAUGUACUGUGGUGACAAUUGAUGACAAUUAUUUAUAUUUUGAGCGUUUU